AGUAUUAUUCCCUCUAUAACAUUAUAAUAUCUAUUUUUUUCUUAAUUAAUGUCAAAUCCAAAUCCAAAUAUAUGAAGAGUAACAUUUCUUGCAUGCUUGUUUGCCGGGUAGGGUGAUGCCCCCCCCCCAGCCCCCCGGUGUCGGUAAGAGAGUAGCUUCGCGGCCUUUAUGAAAAAUUGGGUCAACUAAUUGAGAACAAUUGGUCAACGACUUUGAGGGGAGAUUUCCAUAUACAUCCUUUAAUAAGCAACUUCCCUUCCCUUGCCUUCUUCUUCAAGCAAAAGAUGAUUAAAAGACAGCAAUCCCACAAUUAUUAUUGAUGACCAUUCUUAUUAUUACUUAGGAAAAAAAGAAUCUAGAUCUGUAUACAUUUUCUCAGUUCAUCCAUCUCUUCAAUGGAAUUCGAUGAUUAUCUAUAUGAAUCAUGCAUUCCAAAAACCCAAUUUGUAGAUGGCGCCUACGUCUACAGCUUUGACGACAAGGAGGAGGACGAGGUAAUCGUUCUCGAGAAUAACGAGAACGUUGCCGAUGUUGCCCCGGUCAAAGCGAAAGAGGUAAUCGACAUUACCUCUGAAAGCAACUCUGUUAUUCAUCUAGAGAGCGAGGAGGUUGAGGUCAUAGUUCUUGAAACUGAUUCUGAUGGCACAGAGGGAUCUGAUAUCACUCCAAUUCAAAAUUCUUCCCAGAUCUGCUCAUGCAUGCACCUCCACAUUGAUAUGUUGAACAUCUUACUUCCCAGUCCAGACCCUAAUUUUUGGGCUUCGAAGUACAAGUAGGGAAGUACUUUUACAUCCUUUGUCUGCAUUCCUUUCGUUAUGUGAUGACUUAUUGUGCUUGCGCAAUAUUUGAUGCUGUGAUUGUAUCAUAAUGUGAUGUUUUCCCAAUCUAUGAUGACUGGAUUUAUUCUACAUGGUCUGAGAAAGGAUUAUGUGCUGUGAUGAGCAAUUGAUGAACUGUGG